UAGCAGUCAAGACUGUAAACAACAACAGCGAUGGUAGCGCCACAGCUGGAUCAGCAAACUCCUGGAAUCAACCAAAUCAUUCCAAUCAAUUAUAUUGUCAUACUGCUAAACUCAACCUCUAAUUAUUGUUAUGUGAAUACCUGCGCUAUUGUUCCAUGUUUUUUUCAACGAUGACAUUGGCAUAAAAACCAUAUGCAUGAACACCAUUAAGAUCUUUUGAAGACUUACAGAGAACAUAUAGGACCCAGUUUAUACGAUUGAAUUACUUCUGCAGUCUUUACAGGAUGGUGUUUUUUGUAAUUUUAAUUAGAUGGCAACAUCUUCAGAUAUUCAAGAAGAUAACAAUAUAGCAAUAGACACAUUAGAAAUAAAAUAUAUGAACCAAAAGAAAAACAUCUGUAUAUUUUGGUGAGAAAGUAAAACUAUGGAAAUUGAAUUAUAUGAAAAUGAGACUGAAUUUAAAACACAGUCAACAUGGGUUGAUUUUUCUGACGAUGAAAAAGAAGAAAAAGGUAAAACAUCAUAUGACUGUGAUAUGUGUGAAAAAUCGUUCUCUCGGAAAGGUAGACUUGUUACUCACAAACGAAGUCAUACGGGAGAAAAACCAUAUCAUUGUAAUAUCUGUAGUAAAUCUUUCUCUGUAAGACACAGUCUAACUAUUCAUAAACGUACUCAUACAGGAGAAAAACCAUUUCACUGUGAUAUUUGUGGUAAAACAUUCUCUCAAGGAAGUAAAAUGAAAAAGCACAAAUACAUUCAUACAGGAGAGAAGCCAUAUCACUGUGAUGUCUGUAGUAAGUCGUUCUCUGAAGGGGGUAACUUAGCUAAACACAAACGCAUUCAUACAGGAGAGAAACCAUAUCACUGUGAUGUCUGUAGUAAAUCAUUCUUUCAAAGAGUUCACUUGACUACUCACAAACGCAUUCAUACAGGAGAGAAACCAUACCAGUGUGAUAUCUGUGGUAAAUCAUUCAUUGAAGGAAGUGUCUUAAAUAAACACAAGCAUAUUCAUACAGGAGAGAAACCAUAUAACUGUGAUAUCUGUGGUAAAUCAUUCUCUCGAAAUGAUCACUUAGUUGUACAUAAACAUAUUCACACAGGAGAGAAACCACAUCACUGUGAUAUCUGUGGUAAAUCAUUCUCUCAAAAUUACCUCUUAGCUGUACAUAAACAUGUUCACACAGGAGAGAAACCAUAUCACUGUGAUAUCUGUGGUAAAUCAUUCUCAGCAAGAAGUAAUUUAACAGUACAUAGAUACAUACAUACAGGAAAGACACAGUAUCACUGUGAUAUCUGCGGAAUAUCAUUCUCUCGGAGAAGUGACCUAACUACUCAUAAGUACAUUCAUACAGGAGAGAAGUCAUGUUACUGUAAUAUCUGUGGUAAAUCCUUCUCUCAGACAAGUCAAUUAACUAUACACAACACAUGUAUUCAUACUGGAGAGCGGCCCCAUCGCUGUGAUAUCUGUGGUAAAUCAUUUGCUGCUGCACGUUACUUAACUAAACAUAUUCGUAUUCAUACUGGAGAAAGGCCAUAUCAUUGUGAUAUCUGUGGCAUCUCGUUUUCUCAAACAGGUCAUUUAACUACUCACAAACGUAUUCAUACGGGAGAAAAGCCAUAUCGCUGUGAUAUCUGUGAUAAAUCCUUCACUCAGACAAGUCACUUAACUAUUCACAGAUAUAUUCAUACUGGAGAGAAACCAUAUCACUGUGGCAUCUGUGGUAAAUCAUUCUCUCAAAGUAGUGAUGUGACUAAACACAAACACAUUCAUACAGGAGAGAAGCCAUAUCACUGCGAUAUUUGUGGUAAGUCAUUUUCUGCAAGAAGUAGCUUAACUAUUCACAACCGUUUUCAUACAGGAGAAAAGCCAUAUAACUGUAAUAUCUGUGGUAAAUCAUUCUUCACAAGUAGUGAUAUAAACAAACACAGUCGUAUUCACACAGGUGAGAAACCAUAUAACUGUGAUAUCUGUGGUAAGUCCUUCUCUGAAAGAAGACUUUUAUCUAAGCAUAGAGGAAUUUGUUCAGGAGACAAUAAAAGCCAUAUCACAUCAAUAACUAGUGAAUAAUUUUGUAGUAAGUUAACUAACCACUGACAUUUUUGUAUGGUAGAGAAACCAUAUUGCUAUGGUAUCUGUCUUAAAUGAUGCUUGAUAUCAGACCUUUUUUGUCAUAAAUGUAUUCAUACAGAAGAGAAAACCUAAUGUGAUAUAUGCAAUAAAUUAUUGUCUUGAAAUCUCA